GGUAAAAAUUUCUUAAGAACACGAAUAAUUGUGUAUUUAUUGACGUUUUAGAAACAUGCGUAGACGGAUUCUGGCAAGUUUACGCAGCACGGAAGACCCAUUCCUUCUGGAAGAAGACGUUUUCAGGAGGUUUUUAAGAUUCCCGAAAUCCUUCUGCUGGGAACUUAUUCAAGAUCUCAAACCACUUGACAAGUUUGAGCGGAAUUCGAGAACUUCGGGCAUUACAACAUAUUACUUUCAGUUUGUUUCAGUACUAUAUUUUCUGGCAAAUGGCUCCUACCAAAGCGUUAUUGGAAACUGCCACUUCUCGGCAAUGAGUCAACCAAGCGUGUCGAGAUGUAUUGAGCAAAUUUGCAAGAUGGUAGUGGAACACAAACACUUUGAAAUUAGUUUUCCCAAUGAGGCGGAGCAUUACAACAGCAUAAAGAGGGGCUUCCAUAACAAAUUCGGAAUAAAAGGCGUCAUAGGUGCUAUUGACUGCACACAUAUUGCAAUACUUUCCCCGCAAUCUUUAAUUGCUGGAGUAGUACCUCAUGAGUAUAUGAAUCGCAAGGGAUACUACAGCAUUAAUGUUGAAGCCGUGAGUUUAUAA